GGCAUCUGUGACUGUGGGUGACCUUUUUUUUUUCAAGUUUCGCUCGUUUUUUAACUUUUAAUUCCUUAGAAUCAAACAGUGAGCUCUGCUCGGCCAUUCCUUGUUCAUGGCUAUAUCCUCUGUAUCUACUUCAUUCUCUCGUCAUUUUCUCUUUAGAUUUCCAUCCAAAACUUCCACAUCUUCAAUCCCUAUUUUUCUUUCUAACAAGACAAAGGGUUUCAAUAGAUUUCGAUUGUUUUCAAUGGCGUCGGAGCCGAAAGAAUCUCCCUCGAACAAUCCGGGACUCCAUGCCAACCCAGAUGAAGCAACUAAAGGAUACUUCAUGCAACAAACUAUGUAUCGGAUUAAAGAUCCCAAAGUCAGCCUUGACUUCUACUCUCGAGUAUUGGGCAUGAAGUUACUGAAGAGGCUGGAUUUCGAAGAAAUGAAGUUCACCCUGUACUUUAUGGGCUACGAGGAUCCAGCAACUGCUCCAACUAGUCCUUCUGAGCGAACAGUAUGGACCUUCAGUAAGCUGGCUACAAUAGAGCUCACACAUAAUUGGGGCACUGAAAGUGAUCCUGACUUCAAAGGCUACCACACUGGGAACUCAGAACCCCGUGGUUUUGGCCAUAUAGGCAUCACCGUUGAUGACACAAACAAGGCAUGCGAGAGAUUCGAAAGUCUAGGAGUCGAGUUUGUGAAAAGACCUAAUGAUGGCAAAAUGAAAGGAAUUGCCUUCAUUAAGGAUCCUGAUGGCUACUGGAUUGAGAUCUUUGAUCUUAAAACCAUUGGGCAGCUAACUUCUGGUGCUGCUUGAUGUAAUAUGAUAAGAACUUAGACCUACUGUUUGCCUCAAAAUUGCGUGUUCAAGGCCAUUUUUCUUUGCGAAUUGGAAGCCAUCAAGUACGAGGAAACUUAAGAGAUUUUUGGUUUUGGUGCAGGAGAUUCAAGUUGGAAUUCCUACUGUGCUACUUAUCUGUGGUUCUCACUACAAUAAUGGACUUUGGUCCUUGAUUUAGAGUAUUAAAUAUCAAGGUUUCCUCCUGUAUUGCUCUUAUAUUUUGACAGUUCAUGUGGAUUGUAAUGUCUUAGUUGCUUAAAUAUGUUUCAGGCUUACGGCCUUGAGCUGCUCUGUAAUUUAACUCGAUGAGCAUACAGUUAAUAAAAAAACUUCAAAUUAGUGUUCAUUCA